UUAGUUGUAGAUCGUGAAAAACGUAUUGUAGAUGAUGGGUUGUGAAAAGCUAUAUUAUUAACAUCUGGAUUGUAAAAGCCAGAGUGCCAACAAAUGACAAAAAUACGGUGAGCCAGAGUGCCGGAGGCCAGCCUUGUGCUUGUUCAGAGUGCAUGAAGUACAUGGAUCAGACGCGCACGACUGGCGCCAGUGACCACCAGCCUACGGCAGGUGCCGGCGAUGAACCGGCGAAGAGAAUCGUCAGCGGGGACGCGCCGGCGGCGGCGGCAAAAUGCACUGGCUGCUUCGACUGCAACAUCUGCCUCGACUGCGCCGCGGAGCCGGUGGUCACGUUGUGCGGCCACCUCUACUGCUGGCCCUGCAUCUACGAGUGGCUGCGCCCCGACGCCGACGCCGCCGACACUAGGAGCUCGGCGAGGCGGCAGUGCCCCGUGUGCAAGGCCGCGGUCUCCCCGAACGCGCUCGUGCCACUCUAUGGCCGUGGCGGGAGCUCCAGGGCCAAGAAGCCGCCGCGCGGCCUGGCCGGCAUCCCGCGCCGGCCGGCUGUACGACAGAGCACUCAAGACAGCGACAACAGCGGCCACCACCGCCGGAAUGUGGAAACCGACGCGCCAACCCGGCAACCACGGCACCACGUCGAUGCCGCCCAGUUCGACGCCCUCUUCCCUCCGUCGUUUGGGGACCGCGGCAUGAUGCUCUCGACGGCCGGAGUGCUCGGGGAGAUGGCGGUGGCCGUGCUGCCAUGGGUUCUCCGUGGCCAGGUGCAGCAGCCGAGCAUGUACUACCCAUCACCUUACCACCUGAGCCCUAGGCAGAGCCGGCGGCAUAUGGAGCUGGAGAGGUCUCUGCACCAGAUACUGUUCUUCCUCUUUGUGUUCGUCCUGCUGUGCUUCCUCUUGUUCUGAAGCAGAACAAGAUGCUGUGCGCUGUGUGCAGAUACGAGAAGGCUGACGUGCUUUGUACAUAGUAAAGGGUGCGAUAUAUUGCGUCAGUGACCAUAUGUCUAGGCACAUGCAUAUGUAAAAGAGCUGCUAUUAGAUGAAAGCAUUCCAGAUGAAAAUCAACCAUGACCAGAGCUUCUGAUCGAAGCUAGAACAGAGGGAAUCGGUCUCGAAACUGCAACGUACCC